CAUGGUUGGAUUACUCCACGGCAGAUGGCGGCGCCCUACUUCCUGUUCCGGCACCGAACGAAGAUGGCGAGCUUUGUGGACUUCUUCCAUAAGGGAAAGUGUUCCACGCAGACGUUUCGUCCGAAGAAGAAGUUUGAGCCGGGGACAAUGCGCUACUCCCUCCACAAGCAGGCCCAGGCGUCCCUCAACUGCGGCCUCAAUCUCCGAGACACAGUGCGGCUGCCACCUGGCGAAGACAUAAAUGACUGGAUUGCUGUGCAUGUGGUAGACUUCUUCAACCGGAUUAACCUUAUCUACGGAACGAUAUCGGACUACUGCACAGAAGAGAGCUGCCCAACCAUGUCGGGAGGUCCAAAGUUCGAGUACCUUUGGGCGGACGGACACAAGUACAAGAAACCCACACCUCUACCAGCUCCUCAGUAUAUUUCUCACCUCAUGGAUUGGGUUGAAGCGCAGAUCAACAACGAGGAAAUAUUUCCUGUCACCGUAGACGUGAGGUUUCCAAGGAACUUUGUGCCAACCUGCAAGAAAAUCCUGGCCCGAUUAUUUAGGGUGUUCGUCCACGUAUAUAUUCACCACUUCGAGAAGCUUGUCGCCAUUGGCGCAGAAGCGCACGUCAACACGUGUUACAAGCAUUUUUACUACUUCAUCACGGAAUUCGACCUCGUCAGUCAGAAAGAGCUCGAACCCCUGACGGAAAUGACGAGGAAAGUAUGCAGAGACGCCACGGUGUUGACGAGUCGCCACAGGUGAAAACGCUCCCUCCGCCACCGUCCUGUACAUAGAAUGUUGAGCGAUGCACGCCCUGCUGCAGCAGAGGCCUCUGGACAACGACGAAAUAUAGGUCAUCUAGUCUUCAGAAACCACCAAACUUUUACCACGUGACUGGGAGAGGAGAAGAUUCCCGUACGGCUGGUGUUUUGUCGAACACAUUUUUGUAACUGGUUGUACAAAUGCAGAGUGGGCAUGAUUGGAAACCUGAACAUGAGCGGUGCUUUUUGGAUGUUCUGCCAUAGCUCGUCGUUUGCAUGAGCCUUCGGUACAUUUUAUCGUGGGUUGUUAACGCUUCACUUCAUUUUCAAAGCAAAGCGUGCAUGCCAAAAUGAAUUAGUUUAUCACUUCUCACUUUCUCUGUGCACACAGCUACGAGAAUCACAAAGAGGAUAGAAUGGCCUUUAAGUUGUUAAAAGAAGGCAACUAUUAUUGCUCUAUGCAUAUGAAUAGUUCUGGACUAGCAUCUUUUCCUUUCAUUUCCCUUAGAAUCUUGUCUGUACACUUCGUUAGAUUGUUAGCGGUACACUUCAGAAAAUCUAUGCGUUGGUGUAAAGUCCGAGCUUUGCUCAGAAAUCAUCAUGGAGUAAUUUAUUUUGGAUGUAGUAUGAACUUCUUAUCUGUUAUCGUGAUUGUUGAUACAUAGAUUGCAUGAUUUUUGUUCAUCAAUGUUAGCACUAUUUUGCAUGAUUCACCUUACUGUCUUUCUAUGCUGGAGACAAAUUGGUUCUCAUUGCUUUCAUUUUAGAAUUUAUAAGCUACUAACUAUAGCUGUCUUUUCAUUUCACUACAAUAUCAGCUGCAUUUUUAUGAGAAGCCAUUGCCAUAGCAAAUUUGAUACUUGCGGGGACAGUUCUUUUGAGUACAAACAUUGCAAUAUUAAAAUGCGACAUUAAGAAUUAGGAGAAUUCACGACUAGAAUCAUUUGUAUUUAAUCAUCAUUUUUAAAGGCAUUAAUAUACAGCUCUUUUUUUUUUUUUUCUGUCCAUGUGUUACUGCUUAAUAGCUUUGCAUGAGAGUAUGUGGUUUUACUUAAUGUACACCAUUCAUUUCAUUUGCCAGACAUACAAACUAAAUCCCUUUUUACAUAGCAUAUUCCUGUUCAAUAAUUGGUAAUUCAAAUUCUUAUCUGUCUAGGAUAAAGGAUACAACGUAACAGUAAUGAGCUGUGAUGUUAGAACUAAAGGUCAGAUUUUCUGUAAAUACAUUUAGAAUGAAAUCUCUGUUGUGACAUGCAUUUAUUGCUCUGCAGCAUGCUUUACAAAUGUUAUUCCCAGAGGUAUAAAAAAAAAGCAUAAUUCUGUGUACAGAGGUCUGUGUUGCUCUAUAAACAGAGGCUGCUAGAAAGAAAUAUGAAAUAAAGCGCUUCUGGUCAGAA